CAGGUGGGAGAUACCCGUUUCGUAGGACGGCCCCCUCUUUCAGUUCCUCAGCGGAUGAUGUGAGCGAGUGACAUUUGCCGUUGCGGUUUGGGACAGCAGGCGAAUCUGCAAACAGGUGUGCGGCUGCCCGAAUCCAGCUCAGACGCCUUUUUCCUGCUUGUUCGUGUGGAAAGCCUACCUAGGUCUCGAAACAAUCAUCUUCUUAGCGGGACGGGGAGAGGAGGGGGAGUUUGUUCCCAUUUCAGUUGCUGGUAUUCAAAUAGGCUAUUUUCUUUCCAUCAGGCUGUACAACAAAGGGAUAAGGUCCAUAGAGAAAACGCUAUGACAACUAAAAAGACAUGCACGGAUUUAACGAAAAGGAGCCGAAGCCCCGUCGUUUUAGAGGCGGAGAUGUUCAGGGAAUUUCAGGACUGGUGUCUCCGGACUUACGGGGACUCGGGUAAAACAAAGACGGUCACCCGCCGAAAAUACAACAAAAUUAUGCAGACUCUUUUGCAGAACGACGACUCAGACGGCGUUUACGUUGAUAAUAGCCACAUCAAUGCCAAAUUCAAAUUCUGGGUGAAGUCAAAGGGGUUUCAGGUCGGAAACAACAUUCUGGGCGAGCACAAGAAAGGAGCAUCGGGGAAGCCCGUCCUGUACGUUCCUGUCAAAUCAACGUGUUCAGAUGGCAGCGCGACCCAGGACAGCUCCCUGAAGCGAGUGGCGGUGGUGGAGGACUUCUUCGACAUCAUCUAUGCCAUGCAUGUGGAGAUGGGGGCCGAUCCUGGUCGAGCCCCCAAGCAUGCGGGCCAGAAGAAGACCUACAAGGCGAUUGCGGAGACAUACGCCUUCUUACCCAGAGAGGCUGUGACCCGUUUCCUGAUGAGCUGUGGAGAAUGCCAGAAGAGGAUGCACAUCAACCCCAGCACUGCAGAGUUCAAAGAAAAUGACCGCCCCACUUCUCUGGUCCCAGACCUCAUUGACUAUAACAUGCCUCUUACUGCCACCUACCUGAAACAGAUGAAACUGCAAUGCAUGAAUGCCAACGAGCAGGAUGACAGUUCGGUGAGCAGUGAAGACAUGGACAUGGCAGAGCCGGCGUGGGUCUCUGCUGAGCGCGCUCCCGCUCCCGCUCCACCUCCAGCUCCAGUCGCCGCUCUCAUUCUGGCUGCCGCCGCCGCCGCCGCGCCUCACCCCAGCCCGCCCAGAUACAGCCCCCAGCCCGCCAUCAAAGAGGAGGAUGACGACUCAUCCUCGGAGAAUGGCAGCGCCAAUGGCCUACCCGCCCUGACUCCGGCGGGCGCUGCAGUGGUGCCUGGGGUGGUUGCCGUGACAACCGCCGAGGGGGCUCUGCCGUACAGGGAGGUGAACGGGAACGGGACGGUGGCAGCUCCACUGGACUUCAGCACCACUUCCUCCUCUUCCUCGUCUGAAGACCAGCAUCCCGGGAAUGUGACGGACAGGUUGCUGCCCCCCCACUCAGGGGGGCUGACCAUAGAGCCCUAUCACGCCGAGCCCACCAGGAAGUACCCGGUCAAGACAGAGUAUGGCAACAAGUCUCCUCAGUACAGCUCAGGGAGCUAUGACUCGGUGAAGACUGAAGUGAGCACGUGUGCCGAGGAGCUGACGUCCGCUCGGGCCCAGGCCAUGGAUGAUGACGAUGAUGACCACGACGACCACGACGACAGUGACAAAAUCGCAGAGGGCUUGGACCCAGAGAGACUGAAAGCCUUUAAUAUGUUUGUGCGUCUCUUUGUGGACGAGAACCUGGAUCGCAUGGUGCCCAUCUCCAAGCAGCCCAAGGAGAAGAUCCAGGCCAUCAUCGAGUCGUGCAGCCGCCAGUUCCCCGAGUUCCAGGAGCGCGCCCGCAAGCGCAUACGCACCUACCUCAAGUCCUGUCGCCGCCUGAAGAAGACUGGCUUCGAGACUCGUCCCACACCCCCCCACCUCACCUCUGCCAUGGCUGAGAAUAUCCUGGCUGCUGCCUGUGAGAGUGAGUCACGCAAUGCUGCCAAGAGGAUGCGACUAGACAUCUACCAGACCAAUGACGAGCAGAUCUCCAUAGAUAAGCCCAGCUCCAGGGACCCGGCCGCUCUGGCCCACUCAGGCUUCGCUCUGGCUGCCUCUGCCUACGCCCAGGACCAGCUCUACACCAACGGUGGGCUCAAUUACAGUUUCGGUGGUUACGGGGCCCACGGGGGCAGCCUGCAGAACAGCGGCACAACACAGAGCAAUGGUCCCACAGAUCUAAGUAUGAAGUCCCUGGCCUCCAACUCCUCCACCUCCUCCAGCUCUAACAGUCACGGUCAGGGCGGGGGUGGCGGGGGGGCCUCGGCCCAGCUGAGCGCCCCAGAGGUGACGGCUGUGCGGCAGCUCAUUGCCGGCUACCGUGAGUCCGCCGCCUUCCUGCUCCGCUCAGCAGACGAGCUCGAGAACCUGAUCCUCCAGCAGAACUGAACCGGGCCACACUCACACACACACAAACAGACAACACACACAUGCCGGACCAAACCGAGCCAAUUCGUGCCGAACCGAACCUGGUUGUGACCCUGGUGUCAGCCUGCCUCUUGUUCCACACACUCUCACUCAUUUUUGCCCAGAUGUUUACCUGUGCAAAUAACAGAGUCAGUGAAGACACACAAACACGGUCAGAAACAGCUCUCUCUCUCUCUCUCUCUCUCUCUCUCUCUCUCUCUCUCUCUCUCUCUUUCUCUCUGUGUCCCAUCCUUGCCAUCACCACGGUCAUUGCAAACCAACACUGGUUUUCUGGAGAGGAGGGGAAGAGUACAGAAAAGUCUUUCCCAAAAGCACAAAGCUAAGAGAAAGAAGGUGAGAGGGAAAUAGAAAGAAGUGGCGUUUGGCUUUCUCGCUCAAAACAAACAGUUUUCCUCUUUUUUUUUCCUUUUUUAAAAAGAUACUCUGACUGUUCUCACCACUUCCAGCUCUCUCAGCCCCACGAUCCUUUGGUUCCCCGCUGGGCUCAGAGGUGGAGGUGCGAUUCCUCUUGGACCUAUGCAUUGCACUCAGCACCGUUAUGAUUGAAUCACAAGACCCCCCCCCCCCCCCCACCGCUCGCUCCUCUGACAAUCACGUGGCACCUCAUCGGACCAUCGCCUUGUAUGUGUAGCAUAGCUGUUGUCCGCCCCCAGAUUACCACCAAGAAUGACACAUCCCAUAGACGGGGAUGACAUACCCAUCCAGAUUUUUGCUCAGACUUGACAGGAAAGGUCGGACAGGAAAAAUGGAGGGAGGGGGGAAGGCUCAACAACGAAUACAUGAAAUCAACAGAAAACAGAUGGUGUACAGACAGAACUAGUGAGCUGUAGAGCAGGUUUCAGCAGUAGGUCUUCUUCAGUCAUCAGGACUUAUGUAGCCCUAGAAUGAUUCCAUACACCUUUAACAUGUCACUCCAUCCAUCAUCGUCCUCCAAUGAGAUUUUGGGUGGCAGGUCUCGAUUCACGCCUCAUUCACGUUUGACUGUUUUUGCUAUUUUUUCACUUUUAAUGUUCAAUUCAUUCAUUGAACUUUUCUCUGUUAUUUUCUGGACUCUGCUGCUACCAACCUGAACAGCAGGUGCAUUUGGACCACGAGCCUCUUAGCCUAUGAAUGCCGGAGACAUAACACAAAAGACCAAGACAAAAAAUAAGAGAAGAAAAGUGCAAAACGGACGGAACAGAUCGUCAUUGCGGAAUUCGCAACUGGUUCACUCUCUGUGCAGCUACUUCAGGACUUCGGACUUAGAAACCUUGUUGGGGCUGGACUUUUACUGGCUGUAAGGGUUCUUGCAUAAGUGUGACCUUAGCCUCCAUACUGUAACUCACCUCGGUUGCCAUCUAUCCUUGGACUGACUGCAGGCAUGUAAGGGCUCACUGAGAAGCUUCCCUAAUGACGGCCGACUCCAAAGGGCCCAGAGUCAACCACUAUACAAGAGUGUUCAGUUCAAGUGCCCAUCCCUCCUAGGUUAACUGCUGCCAUACCACAGUCCACUCUCUCAGUCAUACCCAAAAUGGCAUAACUGAAGAAAUGCCGUAUUUUGCAGAUUGUAGCAUAGGCCUGAAGGAUUUUCUUAAGUUAAUGAAUCCAACUCCAUUAGAGCCUUUGUGUUGUUUAGUACCGUUGAAGCCACAGGAAUGAAAUGUCGGAUGUGGCAAUGCUUCACAGCAGGGAUUGCCAAUUGUAAGCAUAGAUGUAGAUUAGUGUAGAUGGGUCGCAAGCGCCCAAGUGCCAUGUUCAUAACCACCUUUCUUACUGCCUGUUCACGGUCACCCACUACUUAAACCCAUGCUUUGCUGUGGAUAUGUUUCAGCACUUCAGUCAGUGCAUGAGCGCAUCCUUUGCCAAUCAUUUUUCAUGGGUCAAGGACCAAACACAUCAAAUGCAGAGGGUCCCCUGCAUGACACAUUACAAUCUAUUCUGUUUCUGUGGUUAGAAGCAACAUUGCCCCUGUAACUGGGGGUAUGGGACAGGGAAGGGAGAGAAGUGAAAUGGUAACUAUGACAGUGCUCUCCAAUGAAAGCCAUGGUCUUUGACCACUCUGUAACAUUUAAUACAUUUACAAUGUAUCUAUUCUCAUCACCAGAGCUGACAAUACUAUUGAAGUGGAACAUAAAGUGCAAUCCAGAUGAUAAUCAAGAGAGAUUUAGUGGAUGCUGAAUGCACAUUAUUUUCACAUACACCAAACUACUAACAUGCUCACAGUAAGUCUUAUUCACACACACAUGCCUACAUUUAGCAUGGUAGCCAUAA